CCAGCGGAGGAGGCCGGAGCCCGUUGUCCCGGGGGCUCAUGGCCUCUGCCCCCACAGGUGUCACCAAGAGUGACGUAUACACGGAUGAUCCCAGGGGCGGUAAGUCAAGCAGCAACCCUUCCUUGGGUAUCAGCACCUUGCAUGCCUCCUCCAACUGUCUGUCCACCAGCACCAUUGUUUGUAGAAGAGGCAACGUUCCUAUUCUCCCACCUGGCCCUGACCUCAGGGCGAAACAGUAGUAGACAGAUGGCCUCUGUCAUGGUGUGAAAGGAAUGCUGUUGAAAAGCUGGCUGUGUGGGCGGUGGCUGCAAGUGGAGGUGAAGGCUGAGGAUGUCAACUUCCUCUACCACCCCUGUGUCCACCCCUGGCUGAAGACCCAGCUUGCCCUCCUGGCCCACGCCUGUGUGGCUCAGCCCUCCCUGGCCCCUGACUCGAGCCUUACUCAGGAUCGGCCAUUGGUGCUGACCGCGUGGGGGCAGACGCUGGAAAUGGCCUGGGUAGAACCAGUCUGGGCCGCCCACUGGUUGAAGAGGAGGCGGAGGCGGCGGAAGCGGCCGCAGGAGCGAGCAGGACUCCCAGAGGCCGGCCAUGCCAGGUCUUCUCCCUCGAUGCAGAGCCCUGGCAGAGGGCGGCCAGGCUGGGGAGGGUGUGUGCAGGCCCCAGCUUUGGCCUUUGCCCUGCGAAGCUGGCGGCCCCCAGGCACAGAGGUAGCAGCUAGAGCGCUCGGGCAGCUCUCUCCAGGGGGUGCCCGAAGGCGGGGGCUUCGGGCUGCCCUUGGUCUCCAACCCACCUCCACAGCCCCAAGGCCUUCCUCUGCUUCCGCACAGAACUGGGAGGCCAGGCGGCCCACACUGGGCACCCUGGAUGAGGGGGUCAGUGCUUCCGCUGUGUCUAUUGUCCCCAUGCUGCCUGGGGGGCAUGAAGGCAAUGCUAGCUCCAGGACUGAGUCUCAGAGACCCAAGGGGCAAGGUAGCCCAGGCCGCUGUGCCUGCCCCAGCAAGGCUUCCCCUGCCCCCCGGGCAGCAACGCCUCCGCGGGUGGCCAGGGGUCCCACCCCACGCACAGAGGAGGCCGCCUGGGCAGCCACCACGCUCACCUUCCUGCUGGUGGUGCUCACUCUGGCCACGCUCUGCACGCGGCUGCACCGGAACUUUCGGCGCGGGGAGAGCAUCUACUGGGGGCCCACCGAGGACAGCCAGGACACCGUGGCCGGCUGCUGCUGCCCCCACGCCGCUUUAAGCGCUCCCGCCGGAGACCCCUCCUCCCGCCCACGCCAGACAGCGGCCCCGACGGGGACAGCUCGGAGUGACAGUGGCAGCCGGCUGCUCCUCCGGAGGCCAGGCCGCGACCUCGGCCACGUGUACGGGGGCUGGGGUGCCCCCUGGCGGCGGCCCCGCCUCAGCGCUCUUCCUGGUCCAGGAAUGGGCGUGGCCCGGGGACAAGCUGGAGCCCAGUGGCUUCAGCCUCCCAGGCCAGAAUUCCUCGCAUUUUUAAUUAAAUUAUUUUCGUAGA